GCAGCUCCCCCUCCAGCGGGUUCCGCUCCCAGUCCUGGUCCCGGGCAAGCCCCGGCUCCACCAUGACCACGUCCUACAAGAGGAGCGUGAAUAUGCCGGUGUCCCGAGCCUACAGCUCCACGGUGCUCAGCUCCGUAGAUAGCGGUGACUACCAGACCUCCAUGAUGAACGGAGACUUCAAGCGAUCCAAUGAGAAGGAGCAACUUCAAGGGCUCAACGACCGUUUCGUUGUUUACAUCGACAAGGUGCACUACCUGGAGCAGCAGAACAAGCAGAUCGAGGACGAGAUCCAGGCGCUGCGCCAGAAGCAGGUGUCCCGCUCCCAGCUGGGCGAUCACUACGACCAGGAGCUGCAGGAUCUGCGGUCCAUGCUGGAGCAGAUUCACCACGACAAGACGCAGAUCCAGCUCGACACCGACCACGUCGAGGAGGACAUCCAGCGGCUGAGGGACCGUUAUGACGAAGAGGCUCGCAUCCGGGAGGAGACCGAAGCCAUUAUCCGCGUCCUGAGGAAGGACAUGAGCGAGUCGGAGUUGGUGAAGUCGGAGUUGGAUAAAAAAGUUCAAUCUCUGCAGGAUGAGAUCGCCUUCAUCCGCAACAACCACGAGGAAGAGGUGAGCGAGCUGAUCGCCCAGAUCGAGGAGUCUCAGGUGACCGUGGAGAGGAAGGAUCUGCAGAAGACGGACAUCACCGAGGCUCUGCGGGAGAUCCGCUGCGAGCUGGAGGGUCACUCCAACCAAAACCUGCAGCAGGUGGAGAACUUGUUCAUGUGCCGCUACUCCAAGCUCACCGAGGCUGCAGAUCAGAACAAGGAUGCCAUAAAGUCCGCCCGUGAUGAGAUAUCAGACUACCGCCGCCAGCUCCAGUCCAAGACGGUAGAGUUAGAAGCCAUCCGCAGGACAAGAGAGUCUCUGGAGAGGCAGCUGAAUGAAAUCGAGGACCGCCACAGCAGCGAUCUGUCCAGCCUUCAGGAGACAAUUCACCAGCUGGAUAAUGAGCUCAAGAGCACCAAAUGGGAGAUGGCACGUCACCUGCGCGAGUACCAGGACCUGCUCAAUGUCAAGAUGGCAUUGGACAUUGAGAUUGCUGCAUACAGGAAACUCCUAGAGGGCGAGGAGACUCACUUCAGCACUUUCCCCUAUCGCCAGGCGGUCACCCCCACUAAAGUAUUUAAGUCUAAAUCCGACGCUCCCAAGAUUAGGGUGCAACACAAGUUUGUGGAGGAGAUCAUCGAGGAGACGAGGGUGGAAGAUGAGGCGACUGACCUUGACGAAGCCCUGGCAGAGAUAGCACAAGAGCUGUCCGCUACACUCGGAGGUGGAGGAGACGAGGGAGAAGAAGAGGAGGGGGAAGAAGGAGGUGAGGGAGAGGAAGAAGAGGGUGAGGAGCAAGAGGGGGAGGGGGAAGGCGUUGAGGAGGAAGUUGUAGCCGCCACCAAAGCCAAAGUUAGCUCUAGCGCACCUGCUAAGGAGGAAGAAGAAGAGGAUGAUGGAAAAGAUGAGGAUGGGGAAGGAGAGGGAGGUGAAGAAGAAGAGAAGGAAGAAGAUGGUGAGGGGGAAGAUGAAGGAGAAAAGGGGGAUGAUGCAGAGGGAGGUGAUGAAGUAGAAGGAGACGAUGGAGGAGAGGAUGAGGAGGAAAUUGAGGAGACAGUGCUCUGCUCCAAAGCGCCCGAGUCUAAAGCCUCUCCUGACCAAGAGAAGGCUGGAGACAAAGAAGGCAGCGGAGGAGAAGAGGAAGCUGGUGCCGAUGAGGAAGAUGGAGAACAGGACGAAGAUUCCGGCAGUGACAAAGCCUCCAAGAGCGUAGACGAGAAAGAGGAUAAAGAGGAUGCUGAGAAAACCACAAAGGAAGAUAGCAAAAAAGACGAGAAGAAAGAGGAAGAAGUUGUAGCCAAGACAGACGCUUCAAAAACAGAAUCUGCAAAGCCCGAGUCCAAGAAAGAAGAGGCAGCCAAAACUGAGGCAUCAAAACCUGAUUCCCCAAAGUCUGAAUCUCCUAAACUUGGAUCCCCAAAGUCUGAGACCCCUAAACUUGGAUCCCCAAAGUCUGAGACCCCUAAACUUGGAUCCCCAAAGUCUGAAUCUCCUAAACUUGGAUCCCCAAAGUCUGAGUCCCCUAAACUUGGAUCCCCAAAGUCUGAGUCCCCUAAACUUGGAUCCCCAAAGUCUGAGACCCCUAAACUUGGAUCCCCAAAGUCUGAGUCCCCUAAACUUGGAUCCCCAAAGUCUGAAUCUCCUAAACUUGGAUCCCCAAAGUCUGAGUCCCCUAAACUUGGAUCCCCAAAGUCUGAGACCCCUAAACUUGGAUCCCCAAAGUCUGAGACCCCCAAACUUGGAUCCCCAAAGUCUGAAUCUCCUAAACUUGGAUCCCCAAAGUCUGAGACCCCUAAACUUGGAUCCCCAAAGUCUGAAUCUCCUAAACUUGGACCCACAAAGUCUGAGUCCCCUAAACUUGGAUCCCCAAAGUCUGAGUCCCCUAAACUUGGAUCCCCAAAGUCUGAAUCUCCUAAACCUGAGUCCCUUAAAUCUGAAAUUCCCAAGCCUACAUCUCUGAAGCCUGAAUCCCCAAAAGCAGAGUCUCCCAAGUCGGAAUCUCCAAAACCUGAAUCUCCUAAAGCUAAAUCCCCAAAGACCCCCCUUCCCGAGACCCCUAAAGCCGCUGAAGAGAAAUCAGAGAAAAAGAGCGACCUAACAGAGAAUGUUGAAAAGAAGGAUGUUGCCAUGAACGGCGAUGAAGACAAGAGCAGCCCAGAGGAGAGGAAGGACGAGGAGAAAGAAACCGACGUGGUCUCUAACGGCGUUGACGAGAGUACGGUCAAAGAGGACGGUAGCCAAAAAGUAGUGAUCACCAAAACCGUGGAGACGAUCACCACUGGAGAGGAUGGAUCCAAGCGCGUCACCAAAUCUGUAACAGUGACUGAGACAGUGAAGGACGAGGUGGAGGAGGUGAAAGAGGAGGUGCUGGUGUCCACCAAGAAGACAGAGAAGCACUCCUCCCUGUCCAUCAAGCAGGUGACAGAGGGCGAAUAAGCGGAUUCCUGACCGGCGAUCUUGCGGAGAUGGGCAAGUGGAGAUGACAAGCAAUCAACCCAAACUAACAUAACAAAGAAAACCAUACAGCUAGAGCGAUGUAAUAAAGAUAACAACUCUCGAACAUACAAAACAAAUCAUAGAGAGAAGCCAAACCUUAAAUGCUACGAAUUUCAAAAAUGCAUGUUGAGUGACAGCUUUAAACGGGCUUUGCUGCAGUCAGUAGCAAGCGACUGAGACAUGUUAUCCUCUUUUUCUUUCUUUCUGCAGUUCACGGUCGAGCUCACGGGAGGGAGGGAGGGAGGGAGGGGGGUCUCUGCAUGCAAUAGCUCAGGAGAGGGGGGAGUACUUCACUUCCUUAUCUGUAUGUAUGGUAAAUACACUGUAAAAAGAGUAAAUAUGUAAAAGGAAUAAAUGUAACGUGGGUGGGAGAGUGAGAUGUAUAAUUGAAGUUGAGUUUUUUUGACGUUAUGUAAAAGGAGUGGGAAAGUAGGUGGGAGGGUCCCCAAGUGCUCUACUGACGACGCCUUACUUGACAGGUGACUGAGCCAAAAAGAAACUAACAACACAACGUACAGAGAAGAGAGAGACAGGCAGCGGUAUGAUAAACACAUGGCCGUAAACAUCCAGUAACUGAAGCAGUUGAACAAACAUGAAGAAACUCCUUAGCCUUAAACACGCUUUCUAUCAGUGUCUGUUAUGUUUCACUGAGUGCAACUGAAAAAGAUAUAACUGUAAAUGUGCAUUUUCAUGCGUUCUUGUAUGCAUAGGAUGGACUUGAAUUUAAAUACAGAAAUAAAUGAGGUGCUACUGUUUGCAAUCCCAUGACUUUACUCAUCAUGAACGAUUUCAGCAUUUGCUUAAUAAAUGUCAUAAUGAAGAAAAAACUAAAAAGAG